CGGGAACGUAUGAAAGCAGCACCAAGGGGAGCAGUCUAGCCUGAGGUCGAGGUCAGCUCGCCACGCUCGUUCGUCAUUACUUCAGGAAGAUAACUGGCAAUGACGGCCAACAUUCAGUUAGAUCCCUCCAAGCUUCAGCUUGUAGCUGAUCUCGAAAUUGAAAUGAUGUCAGACAUGUACAACCGCAUGACGGCGGCUUGCCAAAAGAAGUGCAUCCCUACAAAGUACCGUGAAGCGGACCUCUCCAAGGGCGAGAGUGUGUGUCUGGACAGGUGCGUGGCCAAGUAUCUGGACAUUCAUGAGCGGAUUGGCAAGAAGCUCACCACAUUGUCCAUGCAGGACGAAGAGCUCAUGAAAAAGAUGCAGGAGCAACAGGGGGCCGCCGCCCAAACCCAUGCCAAGUAGCCCUAGUUACCUAUGUGUCGCUGUUUCAAUUGCGUAUUAUAGCUGAUAGACUAGUUUUUUUUUUUUUUGUUGUUGUUGUUGUCCGCCCAUUGCUAUUAAAGCUUGUGUGGUUCACUCUCUA